AUGGCACCCCGACUCAGUCCAAUCGUCGUACAGCGAAUUGAAGAUGCUCUUCUAGAUCCUGGAGUAACAAUCAACCACGAGUAUAUUAAAACCAUAGCAAGAACCUACCUUAAACCACCUACUGGUGGACAGAUUAGAGUUGUGACCCCUGAUAUGGACGCCGCCAUGAUGCUCGUUUUGGACCAGUUCCCCUGGUUUUAUCAAGACGAGUUGAAAGAGUUCCUCUUCGAAGCUUUCGAUAUAGAUAUCUGCCUUUCCACUGUUCGCAAUGCUUUACAUCGAAUCAAAUAUACUAGAAAGAAGAUUAGGGUAGAGGUAGCACAAAGGAAUGAAAGGCUUAGAUCCAUAUGGUUAAACUCAUUGCAGACCUUCGCGGCAGAUCAAUUGAUAUUUGUGGAUGAAUCUGGAAGUGAUGAAAGGACCGGAGAUCGACUUUAUGGCUAUGCAAAAUCUGGCACAAAAGCAGUAGUCUCUCGAUGGUUGUCGCAUAGAGAAAGGGUAUCCGUUUUGCCAGCAUACACAGUAGAUGGCUAUAUUGCCUCUACAACCUUCGUAGGAACCUGCAAUGGAGAUAUAUUCGAAGAUUUUAUCAUUGAGCAACUGCUCCCUUUGUGCAACCCAUAUCCUCAACCACGUUCAGUGAUAGUGAUGGACAAUGCCUCAAUCCACCAUUCCAACCGUGACCAUAUUGAGGCCGCCUACCAUAGGAAAGGGGUAUGGAUAAGAUAUCUCCCUCCAUGUUCUCCAGACUUCAACCCUAUUGAGGAGAGUUUCAACGACUUAAAAGCUUUUAUACGCCGCUAUUAUCGCAAAUACAGAGGGAGUUUCAGAGAUUAUCAAGGAUUUUUGGAAUGGGCAAUAAGGAAAACAGGUACAGGUUCUCGGGCGUCUUCAAGAGCAAAAGCACAAUUUAUACAUUCAGGAAUAAGAGGUAUCUAG